AUGGCUUCAGGCUACGUCAACAACUAUAUUCCUCCUCUACCAAAAUCUCCAAUUGUACUACCUGACCUAAGCAAGCCCUACGACGUGAAUUUUUGUUUCCCUGUCAAACCUCUGGAGACAGAUCGAGUGAAACUGGUCCCUUUUAUCCCCUAUCUUCACGCUGCCGCCUUGUUCAAUGCAAUCAUCGCUAACCCAGAGACUAUGCGCUAUGCCGUUCUCCACGCCCAACACACUCGAAGAAUUUGA